AUGGAAAACACAGUAUUUGAUGCAGAUGAGUUCAGCAUUACAGCACUUAUUGGAUCUGGAAUUGAGGCCAGGCUUGCCAUUCCCAAUAAGCAGCUUGCUGAAAUUAAUGACUGUGUUCAUGUAUUGCAGUGUGUAAGGAAGAACGUCACUUUCUACAACUUCAACAGGGAGCCUAACAUUGGGUAUGUAGCAGUUGGAAGUGAGCCAUUUUUUAAAUCCGACAACAAUUUAUUCUUAACUGCCACCCUCCCUGCAUUACGAAACAUUCAACAUGUUCUUAAUAAUGUUGGUCUAGCAGACUGCAUAGAGGCUACAGUGCCUUUAAAUGCUUAUGUAUAUGAGUUGCUUCUAAAUGUUGCGCCUAGCGUGAAAUUGAUAGUUAAUUGGUUUGUGUCAAUAUUGAAGGAAAUUGUUCGGUUCUGGAGUAUGGUUUGUAUCUAUUGUGCUGAUUCCUUGGGGGACAAGUCUGUUCUUCCAGCAGCAUGUAGUGAUAAGAUAUUGGGUUUGGGCAUAAGCCCAAGAGAAUAUGUUAAAAUUGCUGAUGUGGCCAAUUGUUAG